UGGAGUCUGCGGACAGAGACUGAUGACCACGCUUUAAUUUUGAAAGACCGGAGCUGAGCAAGAGCGUUUCCUGUCGGGUUUGUUGUUUCCGGUGUGGAUGCAGCUGUUGGAGGUCCCAGCAUCAAAAUGACCAAGCUGCAGCUGCUGAACGCUUACCUGACGGAGCGGCUGACGGUGGUGGUGAAGGAGAUCCUGGACGUGGUGGAGGACACGGUGGCCGAGUACCGGGAGGAGACUGCCAGAGCCAAGCGGGAGAACGAGAGCCUGCGGAGGCAGCUGCGGGACAUCCUGCUCCUGGAGGCCGGGACCGAGUGGCUGAAGUCCACCAGGUCCAGUCUUGGUUUGGCGGCUCCCGACCAGCCUGGUGAGCCCGAGUGGAGGCCUCGCUCCGAAGAGCCGGACUCUCGCCCGAACCCACCCAGACCGCCGCCGCCGAACGUGGACAAGCCCACCCAUGAGCAGGUGGUGUCUGUGCAGCUGCUGGCGGUCCACAGCGACUCCUCUCCGGGGCCGGUGCACCUGCCUGUGGAGAAGAAGCUCUUGGAGCUGCGGGACGUGGCACCAAAGCCUGACCGUCUACAGGAAGCGUAUGGGAAAACUUCACCUGUCACCUCGCACUCCUCCCUAAACCCUCCUACUGUCUCCGUCCCCAAAAUUCACAUUGAAGUUCCUGCAGUGCUCAGGGAGGAGCCCCGGGCUCCGCCCCCCGCGCUCAUCAAAGCCGAACCAGAGGAGUACAGCGUGAGCAAGCCCAAAGGUCGCACGGACUCUCUGACCGAGGCCGCAAACGGUGCCGCCGAAGAGUUCUGGAGCAGGGCGGAGGCGGAGAGGACGGUGGUGGUGGUGCGCGCUGAGAGGCAGGAAGCUGAGCGGAGCAGGAAGUCCUCCCAGGAGAAGCCGGCAGCCGGAGACAGCACAGCCUCCGCUUUCAUCCCCGAACUUGUCCAUCGCUGCCCGCGUUGCGGUGAGGCCUUCGGACAGGCCGCCAGCCUCCGCCUCCACCUGGAGCAGAAGAGGAAGACCUACGCCUGUGACUGGUGCUGCAAGUCGUUUGCGCAGUCGGCAGACCUGCGGCGUCACCUGCGCACGCACACAGGGGAGCGGCCGCACCGCUGCACCUUCUGCUCCAAGAGCUUCAGCCAGAGAGGAAACCUGCGGCGUCACCUGCGCAUCCACACGGGCGAGCGGCCGUACAGCUGCCCGUUCUGCUGCCGCACCUUCAGCGACGGCGACACCAUGAAGAAGCACAAGCGCACGCACUCGGGAGAGAAACCAUACCGCUGCGCGCAGUGCGCCAAGACCUUCACCAGCGCCAGCGGCCUGCAGAUUCACAUGAAGAAGGACAUGUGCUUUGUGGCUAACGCCUGAUUGGGCGCUUCGGGAAUGGACGCCAUUAAGAUAGAGCGGAAUGACCGGGCAGAAAUGCUCAGACACAGCAGCCAAUCACAGUCAUCGAAUGAAAGCUGGAUGUAUGACCGAUGACGUCGCUUUGCAGGGAUGCACCGGUCUGAUGUUUCAGGCAGCUGAAGCCGUUUCAGGUGUUCUGUGUUUACUCGCGUUAGCAGCUGGCGCAGCAGAGAGCACGCUAACAGCGACGGUGGGCGGGCAGCGUUUCGUGCUGAUGCACCCACAGAUUUCUUUCUCUGUGUGUAAAACUUCAAACACUGCUCAGCGAUGGCGUUUCCCAUCCCAGCUUCUUCUCUUGUUUUUUAGCUUUUAGCUCCAUGCUAACAUGCUCCAUGCUCCUGCUGUCUGCUCCUCUCCAUGUGUGAGGAGGCGCAGGAAAUCCUCCGCACUCAGCUCCAAUCAGAGCACAAACUUUAUAUUUAUGUAUUUAUCUGUCACUCGGUGAGAUUAAAAAUCACUUUUAUUGCGAGCGAGUGACGGACCUACCAGCAGAGGGCGUUUUA